AUGCCUAUGAUUCUCUGGACCCCACUGGGAACAUAACCAUCAAAUGGGAUAUAAUGCAGUGGACUCCAGAUGGCUAUGUUGCCGUUGUUACCAUCAACAACUACCAACAAUAUCGCCACAUUCAGUCGCCAGGAUGGAUAUUAGGAUGGACGUGGUCGAAGAAGGAGGUUAUAUGGUCUAUGGUUGGCGCACAAACUACCGAGCAGGGAGAUUGCUCGAAAUUUAAGGGAAAUAUUCCUCAUUGCUGCAAAAAAGAUCCAUCUGUUGUUGAUCUUCUGCCCGGAACUCCAUAUAAUAUGCAAAUAGCUAAUUGUUGCAAGGGUGGAGUGAUUAGUUCAUGGGUUCAAGAUCCACCUAAUGCUAUCAGCGCAUUUCAGCUCAGCGUCGGUUAUGCAGGUACAACAAAUAAGACGGUUCGUGUGCCUAAGAAUUUCACGCUCAAAGCUCCCGGUCCCGGGUAUACUUGUGGAGCUGCGAAGAUUGUGAAGCAGAGCAA